UGAGGGCGAGCGGGGGGCGCCGCGCUCCUCCCCUCAGCGGCCGCCAGACGGCGGCGGAGGAGGCGGCGCAGGGGGAUGGUGCGGCCGCACCGGCCGCCGCUGCUGCUCCGCACCCGGCCCCGGGCCCCCGGACCCCGCCGCCGCCUCCAGGGCUGUGAGCAGGGCCCGCGGCCCGGGCAGCGAUGAGGGGAAAAAAAAAUCGAUAAAAGCCCCAAGUGCGUGCGUUUCCUCCUAAAUAGCGGCCGAAAACCAACCCAGCGCGCUCUGUGUGUAGAUGCCAGCGAGUGGGGAGCCUCAGGCUCUGCGGUGCUACAGGGCUCAGCCCUCGCCUCGCUGUCCUCUGCCUUUUCCUUUCUAGCCGCCAGCAACUUCCUCCAAGGAGCAAGGCAUCUAUUAACAAGCUAAAAGUGACAGAACCAUGGCUCAGUUUCCAACACCUUUUGGGGGCAACCUGGAUAUCUGGGCUAUUACUGUGGAGGAGAGAGCUAAACAUGAUCAGCAGUUCCACAGUCUGAAACCAACAUCUGGAUUUAUCACUGGUGAUCAAGCUAGAAACUUUUUUUUUCAGUCUGGGUUACCUCAACCGGUGUUAGCACAGAUAUGGGCUCUAGCUGACAUGAACAAUGAUGGGAGGAUGGAUCAGCUGGAGUUCUCAAUAGCUAUGAAACUUAUCAAAUUAAAACUACAAGGUUAUCAACUCCCAUCUGCACUGCCUCCUGUCAUGAAACAGCCACCUAUUGCUCUGCCUAGUGCACCAGGGUUUGGUAUUGGGGGCAUUGCCAGCAUGCCAUCUCUUACAACUGUUGCCCCAGUGCCAAUGGCAUCAAUUCCAGUAGUAGGAAUGUCUCCGCCGUUAGUAUCUUCUGUUCCCGCAGCAGCAGUGCCUCCCCUGGCUAAUGGAGCUCCUGCUGUUAUACAGCCUCUGCCUGCUUUUGCUCAUCCUGCCACGUUGCCAAAGAGUUCUUCCUUUAGUAGAUCUGGUCCUGGAUCGCAGCUAAACACAAAACUGCAAAAGGCACAAUCAUUUGAUGUGGCCAGUGUGCCUCCUGUGGCAGAGUGGGCUGUACCUCAGUCAUCAAGACUGAAAUACAGACAGCUGUUCAAUAGCCAUGAUAAAACAAUGAGUGGACACUUAACAGGUCCACAAGCAAGAACUAUUCUUAUGCAGUCAAGUUUACCCCAGGCUCAGCUGGCUACAAUAUGGAAUCUUUCAGAUAUUGAUCAAGAUGGAAAACUUACAGCUGAAGAGUUUAUUCUGGCUAUGCACUUAAUUGAUGUAGCUAUGUCUGGUCAGCCACUGCCACCUGUACUGCCUCCAGAGUAUAUUCCACCUUCAUUUAGAAGAGUACGUUCUGGUAGUGGCAUAUCUGCUGUAAGUUCAGUAUCUGUAGACCAAAGGUUACCAGAAGAACCAGCAUUAGAAGAAGAACAGCAGCAACUGGAAAAGAAAUUACCAGUUACGUUUGAAGAUAAAAAACGCGAGAACUUUGAACGUGGCAAUCUAGAACUUGAAAAACGGAGGCAGGCUCUCCUGGAACAGCAACGCAAAGAACAAGAGCGUCUAGCACAGCUGGAACGGGCAGAGCAGGAAAGGAAAGAACGUGAGCGGCAGGAGCAAGAACGGAAAAGACAACUGGAGCUAGAGAAACAGUUGGAAAAACAGCGGGAAUUGGAACGGCAGAGAGAAGAGGAAAGGAGGAAAGAAAUAGAAAGAAGAGAGGCUGCAAAACGGGAACUUGAGAGGCAAAGGCAACUUGAGUGGGAACGUAAUCGUCGGCAAGAACUACUAAAUCAAAGAAACAAAGAACAAGAGGACAUAGUUGUUCUAAAAGCAAAGAAGAAGACCUUAGAAUUUGAGCUGGAAGCCCUAAAUGAUAAAAAAAAUCAGUUGGAGGGAAAGCUUCAGGAUAUCAGAUGUCGGCUGUCUACCCAAAGACAAGAAAUUGAGAGUACAAAUAAAUCUAGAGAACUGAGAAUUGCAGAAAUUACCCAUCUGCAACAGCAGCUACAGGAAUCUCAGCAGAUGCUUGGAAGAUUGAUUCCAGAAAAGCAGUUGCUUAAUGAUCAACUGAAGCAAGUUCAACAGAACAGUUUGCAUAGAGAUUCUCUUCUUACUAUCAAAAGAGCCUUAGAAGCCAAGGAGCUAGCCCGUCAACAGCUUCGAGACCAGCUAGAUGAAGUAGAAAAAGAAACCAGAUCUAAACUUCAGGAAAUUGAUAUAUUCAAUAAUCAACUCAAGGAGCUGAGAGAAAUACAUAACAAACAGCAACUACAGAAGCAAAAGAACUUGGAAGCUGAGAGGUUGAAACAGAAGGAACAAGAAAGGAAGACAGAACUAGAAAAGCAAAAAGAGGCUCAAAGACGAAUCCAGGAGCGGGAUAAACAACGGCUUGAUCGAGUGCAACAAGAAGAAGAACUCCAGUGGCAAAAAAAAAAUCAGGAAGAUGAGAAGCAAAAAAGGGAAGAAAUAACCAAGAAGAAAGAAAGCGAGGAUAAGGGGAAACAGGAAAUCCAAGAGAAACUGAGUAAGCUUUCCCAACCACAUCAAGAACCAGUCAAGCCAGCCGUCCAGGCUCCUUGGUCAAAUGCAGAAAAAGCUCCUCUAACAAUUUCUGCUCAGGAGGAUGUAAAAAUAGUGUAUUAUAGAGCACUGUAUCCUUUUGAAUCAAGAAGCCACGAUGAAAUCACUAUUCAGCCUGGCGACAUAGUCAUGGUGGAUGAAAGCCAGACCGGAGAACCUGGGUGGCUUGGUGGAGAAUUGAAGGGAAAAACUGGAUGGUUCCCUGCAAACUACGCAGAGAAAAUACCUGAAAAUGAAGUUCCAGCAUCUGUAAAACCAGUAGUUGAAGCUGCUGCUGCACCUAAAGUUUCUGUGCAUGAAACAACUACAUCACUAGGAACUCCUGCGUCUACAGAGUGCACUACAACUGCCAAUAACUGGGCAGACUUCAGUUCAACAUGGCCUACAAACACUAAUGAGAAACCAGAGACAGAUAACUGGGAUGCCUGGGCAGCUCAGCCGUCUUUGACUGUUCCCAGUGCAGGGCAGUUGCGGCAGCGAUCAGCUUUCACUCCUGCCACUGUUACAGGAUCAUCUCCCUCUCCUGUCUUGGGUCAGGGCGAAAAAGUGGAGGGGCUUCAAGCACAGGCUUUGUAUCCUUGGAGAGCAAAAAAAGACAACCACCUUAAUUUCAACAAAAAUGAUGUCAUCACAGUUUUAGAGCAGCAAGAUAUGUGGUGGUUUGGAGAAGUUCAAGGACAAAAGGGGUGGUUUCCUAAGUCAUAUGUGAAGCUUAUUUCAGGCCCCAUUAGGAAGUCAACAAGCAUGGAUUCUGGUUCUUCAGAAAGUCCUGCUAGUCUCAAAAGAGUAGCAUCACCAGCAGCAAAAGCAACUAUGUCAGGUGAAGAGUAUAUUGCUAUGUAUACUUAUGAGAGCUCUGAACAAGGAGACCUAACCUUUCAGCAAGGUGAUAUGAUUCUUGUGACAAAAAAAGAUGGUGACUGGUGGACAGGAACACUGGGUGAUAAAUCAGGAGUAUUCCCAUCUAAUUACGUGAGACUCAAAGAUUCUGAGGCUUCUGGAGCAGCUGGAAAAACGGGAAGCUUAGGGAAGAAACCUGAAAUUGCCCAAGUUAUUGCCUCUUACACAGCAACGGGUCCAGAACAGCUUACUCUUGCUCCUGGUCAGUUGAUUCUUAUCAGAAAGAAGAAUCCAGGUGGCUGGUGGGAAGGAGAGCUCCAAGCACGAGGGAAAAAGCGGCAGAUAGGAUGGUUCCCUGCUAAUUAUGUAAAACUUUUGAGCCCUGGUACCAGUAAAACUACACCAACUGAGCUACCUAAAUCAACAGCAUUACCUUCAGUGUGCCAAGUAAUUGGCAUGUAUGACUACACUGCACAGAACGAUGAUGAGCUAGCAUUCAAUAAAGGCCAGAUUAUAAACGUCCUUAACAAGGAAGACCCAGACUGGUGGAAAGGGGAGGUGAAUGGACAAGUGGGUCUCUUCCCAUCCAACUAUGUGAAGCUGACAACAGAUAUGGACCCAAGCCAGCAAUGGUGUGCAGACUUGCAUCUUCUGGAUAUGUUGACACCUACUGAAAGGAAAAGGCAGGGGUACAUCCAUGAGCUCAUUGUCACAGAAGAGAACUAUGUAAAUGAUCUGCAGUUGGUCACAGAGAUAUUCCAGAAACCACUAAUGGAAUCUGAGCUGCUAACAGAAAAAGAAGUUGCUAUGAUUUUUGUUAAUUGGAAGGAGCUGAUUAUGUGCAAUAUAAAACUACUGAAGGCUUUGCGAGUGCGUAAGAAGAUGUCUGGGGAGAAGAUGCCAGUGAAAAUGAUUGGUGACAUACUGACAGCCCAGCUGCCACACAUGCAGCCGUACAUUCGGUUCUGUAGCUGCCAGCUGAAUGGGGCAGCCCUCAUCCAGCAGAAAACAGAUGAAGUUCCUGAGUUCAAGGAGUUCGUUAAAAGGUUAGCAAUGGAUCCUCGCUGUAAAGGAAUGCCACUAUCAAGUUUUCUACUAAAGCCUAUGCAACGGGUAACAAGAUACCCACUAAUAAUUAAAAAUAUAAUAGAAAACACUCCUGAAAACCACCCUGAUCACAGUCACUUGAAGCACGCUCUUGAGAAAGCAGAAGAAUUGUGUUCUCAAGUAAAUGAAGGAGUGCGGGAGAAAGAAAAUUCAGAUAGGCUGGAGUGGAUCCAGGCUCAUGUUCAGUGUGAAGGCCUGUCGGAGCAACUCGUAUUUAAUUCUGUUACAAACUGCUUGGGACCACGCAAGUUUCUGCACAGUGGGAAACUCUAUAAAGCCAAGAGUAACAAGGAACUGUAUGGCUUUCUCUUCAACGAUUUCCUCCUCCUGACUCAGAUCAUAAAACCUCUUGGCUCCUCUGGCACAGACAAGGUCUUCAGCCCCAAGUCUAACCUGCAAUACAAAAUGUACAAAACUCCCAUUUUUCUAAAUGAGGUACUAGUAAAAUUACCCACAGACCCUUCUGGAGAUGAGCCCAUCUUCCAUAUCUCCCACAUUGAUAGAGUCUAUACGCUCCGGGCUGAAAGCAUUAAUGAAAGUGACAUCCCUUCCGAAAUACUCUUUGAGCCCAGCCAGUUCUUCAGGCAGCAUAAUCCCCACAGGACUGCCUGGGUUCAGAAAAUUAAAGCUGCUUCGGAACUUUACAUAGAGACGGAAAAGAAGAAGAGGGAAAAAGCCUACUUAGUUCGCUCGCAAAGAGCAACAGGCAUUGGGAGACUGAUGGUCAAUAUUGUUGAAGGCAUUGAACUAAAACCUUGCAGGUCCCAUGGAAAGAGUAACCCAUACUGUGAGGUGACGAUGGGCUCUCAGUGCCACAUUACCAAGACGAUACAGGACACCCUCAAUCCCAAGUGGAACUCCAACUGCCAGUUCUUUAUCAAAGACCUCGAGCAGGACGUCCUCUGCAUCACGGUGUUUGAGAGGGACCAGUUCUCCCCAGAUGACUUUUUGGGCAGAACAGAGAUCCGUGUGGCAGACAUUAAGAAGGAUCAGGGUUCAAAGGGACCAGUUACAAAGUGUCUCCUUCUGCAUGAAGUCCCAACAGGAGAGAUAGUCGUCCGACUAGACCUGCAAUUGUUUGAUGAGCCUUAGAAGGAAAGGGACCAAUGUUUUGUUUGUUUUUUUUUUCAGUCUGAGUUCACUGCAAUAGGUGUCUGCAGAAGCUGUCACUAAAUCCUUAUUGGUUUGGUAUGAAACUACUGCUUGCCCUUCACACACAAGAGGGUUAUCAAAGCAAACAGGAGCAUCUUUGUGCCUUGAUAAUUCUCACUGAAAAAUGGGUCCCAGUUUAGUGAGGAAAUCUCCCUCAAUUUCUCUAUGUGGAACCUGAUGUUAGUUUCCUGGGUUUAUGAAAUAACCUAGUUGUUUGUCGUGCUCCAGUCAGAAAGGCUGGAAAACCACAUAGGUUUCUGUGCUUGCUCCAGCUACUCUAUAAUUUACAAGAAGAAGGCAAUGUUGGUAUGUUUGGAGGCUUUCUGCAGGGUUUUCCCCCUUAAGGAAUUCUGUGCCUAUUGCUCAGCAAGGUGGUGUGUAAAUGUUUUGUGAAUGGAACAAGCAGUUAUGCAGUAAGAAGAUCUUUGAAGAUCUUCACGGUGAUGCUGAAAAGACUUAGAAAAUAAAUAGUCUAUAUCUAUAAACAGAGAAGAUUCUAUUAAGAUACCACUUCAUGACUCACAUUGCCCCCAAAAUAAAUAUAUAUACAGGCCUUCUGCACAGAGAUGAGUUGCACUCCAGAAGAGUACACCCACUCAGUACCUUCAGAAGAAGUGUUUGAACAGAGAGUGAAGGAUCGAAUAUAGAGCCCUGAUGAAUGUUGUGCUAUAACACUUCAAUACUGCUUUACUACGGCUGCUUAAUUGUGAACGCAGAUGGAUGAUAUGUCACCUGCAGUGGGGAAGAAAAAAAAUCAUGGCUGUGGCUCAGGAAGCUAAUUUCUACCCCGCAGAGUCUAGUUUGCCAAGCAAUCAGUGGUGACCCGUUAUUAAAUUGUACGGUGCCUAACUGCAUUUGACAUCAUGUUACUGAAUUCAGGGUGAUAGCACACUGUAGCUCACAACAGGGUUUGUUGCAAGCCGGGUUGGUCACAAGUGUGGUGGCAGCGAUACUAGAUGUGAAGAGAAGCAGAGAGUUCGUGAUUGUACAGAGUGGGUAACCCCAAAGUAAAAGUCUUGUUGUCUUGGGGAAUCAAAAGUUUCUACAUGAGUUUUACUCAACAAAUACACACGUAUAGGCCAACAUUCAGCAAAAUUCCUCUGUUUGGCAAAGCACCCAGCUUUAAGCAUGCACUUAUGUUGUGUUUCCCUUAAGUACACACAUAGGUGCUUUACUAAGCCCGGACCUGAGAUACGAUAGACCCCUUUAAGAGUAAAAUUCAUCUUUGUUCUGCCUGGAUUCAUUUUGUUCAUUACCUAUCAUGCAUACACUGGUAUUUUUGUAAUGACUUUAUUUCUGAAUGGGAGGUGUCAGCCUGUUUCAUUAGCAUGUGAAUGUUCUUGUGGAGCCUGUUGUUAGGUUUUGAUGUUCCUUGCAUGUCCUUUCAGUACUGGUUUCCACCUUUCCUGUAUAGGCGGUGUUUUCUAGCACUACAAGUCUUAUUGAUUUCCAUUAGGAAAUUAGGAUUAUCUUCAUAACAAAUAGGUAGAUGCAGUAUGGUAACAAGUGUAAACUGUGCUGGAAAGUGUCUGUGUAUUAUAAUUUCCUACAAUACCACUGUAAUGUUUCAAGCAAUGGGAAAAAAAAAAAAAAGUAUGUUGGAGGGACAACAAAGUUUACAUUUCAUACUUUUCAGAAUCGCUUUAUUAUUUAUUUAUUGAAGAUAGUGUAGAAUUUUGUAUCAGAAAUGACAGACAUACUUAUGUAUUUUUUGAAACAAAAACAGAGAUACACACUUUAGUUAGAAACUUUCAACUGACCACGUUUUAGAGGGAGUUUAACUUCCAAGGCAUGCAUUUGUUUACCACUAACUGGCAGAAAACACAAUUAAGAGAACUUUAAGUUUCUAUUUUUCAAUGUUGUUAAGAAAAUUGUUUCCAGUAAAAUAUGUAAAUAGAACUAAACCCAUGUUUUCCUAAUUCCAUAUCUAUACAUUUUAUUAAAUAUAAUGUAUAUGAAAAUACACAUUGUUGUGGUAGGAUUAAAAAAAAAAGUGAUAAAAUCUAUUAAUGGAGUAACAUUAAAUGUCAUUGUCUAACAUUUUAUUGCUGUCCUAAUUUUACUCAGUAGCUGUAAAUAUGGUGAACAUUCAUUUCAGUGUUUAGAAAGUAGAACCACAUUUUUAUGGUACCAUUUCACCAGCAUGAAUUACAGUAACAAAUAAAUAGACAAUUAGGGAAAAAAAAUACCAUGGAUGCAAUGCAGAAAUCCAGGCCAGGUUUUUGAAAGGAGCCUCAAGGAGCUGCAUAUUCCUCUGAGAUUCAGCUGGUGUUUGACGUGGUGGACAGGUAGCUGCAGGGGCACCUCCCAGAUUGUGACCCCUUAUCGUGAGCGUGUGGGAUUGCACCUUUUUGUGUAGGUGUAACACAACCGAGCACCUUCCUGACCACCAUCACUCAUGAUUUCCAUCUUACCCUCAGUGCACAGGAAUGUUUAGUUCCUGCUAAUGCCAAUGGAAGUUAUACAAACAUGAUGAUGAUGAUGAAAGGCUGGGCUUCAGCUCACGGAUAUCUAACAAAUCCCUUGUGAUCGGUCUAAUCCUGAAGAUGAAGCUUGUCCUAAUCCCUGUGCGUCGAGGACAGAAUGUAUAUACCCUCAGAUCCAACCUAUUGUGCAUCAGGAUGUUGCUAUUUUCUUUCUUGCUUGCCCUCAAUACUCCAUAGCAUAUCAGCGUGGUUGGCUUCCCAAGUGGAUCUGCUUCAGGGUUAGCCAAAGGUUCUUAGAAAUUCAUCAACUGCCUAUUUUUUCCUGUUCAGGCACAGCCUGAGCAGGCAAACACAACACGAUCUUAGGAAGUUAGAUGUCUUUUAGUGUAUAUAGAAAGGUGGCUGGGAUCAUCAUGAUGUGUGGAUGUUAAGCCAUCCGUCCUCUCUUAAGGGUGUCAUGUCCUGGCUGUCAGGCCAAACUGCUGGCCUCUGCUACCGUUGUUGACCACCUCUGGUUAUUGUUCUCUGAAUGUAUUGGUAAGAUAGCACACCUUAGAGUACGGGUCCCUUUGCAGCCUCUUUGAGAUGUGUGCAAACUUUUCCUAAUGUUUUGCAAAACAAACCCAAGAAAAAAUCUAAGCCCAGGUAAUACUUGAUCACAUUUAGGAGUGAAAGACCCAUCAGAUUUAUUCAGAUAAGCAUCUCCACUAAACUUGCAGAACCUUGUACUGUCUGUUGUGGAGCCCUUGGACUGGCUAUCUUCAUUUGCUUUUAUUCUCCUACGGCAAAAUUCAUCCUUGCACAGAGGGUGUGUACAAAGCCUGCCCAUUACCAGCCCUUGAACUGAGGCACUGGUGAGAUCGAACUGGUACAUGGGCCGCUGAGACAGGCUCUCAAGACAGGGUCUCAUCUCGAUCAUCUUUUUGCAGGCUCUAUUUUAUUGGAGAAGAACAUUUGCUUAGAAGUAGUACUUCAUCAGCAAACUCCUUGGCUGGCAUUCAAACCUUUCUAAAAAUAAUACUGUGACUUUUUCAUGCGUUCACUGCCUUCAUUGAAACAGUGAUAUUUUGCUUUUGAUAAACUGGGAGGGGAAAAAAAAAAAAAAAGUAAGAGAAGAAAUGGCAAAAUCUGCAAAUGUGAGAAAACAUGCAACAGAAGAAGUUGCUCUGGUAGUUUGGUUUCCAAGCUGUCAUUCCGGCAAUUGCAUUCUUCCUUCACAUACAGUAAGUUUAGCAAGGGAAGUGGUAUUUUUCCCUGGUGCUAUCUUGGCUUUAUGUCUUGCAGUUGAACUGAGUUAAUGGAAAAGAACCUGGAAUAGACCAACGCUAUGAAAGCUCCUUGCUUUCAUGGUGUGAUCCAGACAGCUCUCCUGAACAUCCAGGAGAUAUAUGCCCUUUCCAUGCAGCGAAUCGGCUGCACCAGCACCAAUGUGCCAGUUUUCCAUGUCUCAAAGGACUUGCUGCCCAGGGAAGUGGUGGAGUCACCAUCCCUGGAGGUCUUUAAAAGACGUUUAGAUGUAGAGCUUAGGGAUAUGGGUUAGUGGAGGACUUGUUAGUGUUAGGUCAGAGGUUGGACUGGGUGAUCUUGGAGGUCUCUUCCAACCUAGAUGAUUCUGUGAUUCUGUUUCCCCAGCUAUAUGAGGUUUUCAUCAGCAAUGUCAUCAUACACCAGCAUCUGCCGUGUCCCUUGUACCCAUUUAGGACCUCUCCAUCAUUGCAGACACUGGGAAGGCUCCUUCUGAUUGCCAUAAGGAUCAGCCUGAACUUGCAGACAGGUUUCCUCCCUGGGGGCAGGAAUCAGUUCUUGGGCAACCACCUGAGCUCAUUUUCCUUGGUGCUCAGUCAGAUGCAGCUGGCAGUCAUUAUGUCCAGGGCAGGUUCAGCUCUCCUCACUCACAGACCUGCUGCCUGAGCACACACCAACACCAUCUUUCCCAGCAGGGCCAGGCUGUGAGUGCCAACUUCCCACCCUGUGAUCCCAGAGGCUCCAAUCCCUUGCCAUAAGGGUUGAGGCUCAUAUUUGAGAUCACCCAGGUCCCCUCCCAGCCAUGAUUUUUUCCACCUGCUGAGCCCGUUGGCUCCCUCCGAGCCAAACUCUAGAAAAUACAUCUCGUGUCAUCUCCGUGCCUUGCUCCUCUGCGGUCCCACUAGGUUUUUCUUCUGUGUGUGUCAUGUGCACAGUAGUGCUUCUGUCCUGUAAUUAAUGACAUCCGUUGGAAAGCACUGCCCUUCCCUUCCCCUUGAACUCCACCGAAGCUCAGCUGUGUGAAACGGGGCUAUUUUGGGGGCUCCUUUCCAGGCUUCUGCCUCACAGCUCAGCUGGCAGCUGCUCAGUCAUCUCAUGCAGCCCUGGCUCAAUGAAGCGCUUCAGCUGAUGCUUACCUCUAAUUUGUGUCCCAGCUACUACAAAGGCAUGCUGAGAGCUAGCUGGAAGCCUGUGUGCUUUGCUGGAGAUGCAGGGAUGAGUUUGAAAGAUGUCCAUAAUAUAAAGUCUACGUUAUGAAGUUGAUUCAGAGGCUAUAAGGACUGGAAGGUUGCAAUAGGUAUAACCAGAGCAUCAAACAAAACAUCAAGGUUCAGGUAAAAAUCAGCAGUAGUUUAUAUUCUUUGCAGAUGGAUCUGUUUUCUUUCUUAUCUUCCUGAAAGUGAAUGGUCACUGGGAUAUAGCCACUAAACUCUCCAGAAUUGUAUUUACUGGGCAAAUCAGAGUUUAUAUACCUACAGAUUACAACACAUUUGGAAGCACUGUAAAAAUAAUAAUAAUAAAAAUAAAGCUGAUCUUGGCUCAGAAAUACCAAGCAUCUCUCCAAGAUUAAUGCUGGUAGGAAGGCAGCCUGUAAAGCCCUGAGAGGUUGUAUGCAAUUGGUGGUCCGACUUGGGCACCUUGGCAGACAUAGCACGUCACUGAGCUGACACUAAGCCAAAUGACUGAUAAAUUACAGAACUCUUUUCUAGAUGCACUUAAUUAUUAUAUAUUUUCUCAACAUGAGUUUGUAUGAGGGAACUUUUUAAACGUUCAUUUUAGAAUUUUUUUACCCUUAAAAAAAAAGAAAAAGAAAAUCACUUUUUGUUACAUGUGAGUUGGGUUGGGUGGGGGAACAUUGUGGAUAAUGAAGUUUUUGUAAUAUUAUUAAAUACAUUUUCAAGACUAAGAUGUGACAAAUCCAGACUUUUACUGCAACAGUGGUGUCUACUUUCAUGCUGCUCUGUUUGCCACUGUGAUACUUCAGUUUGUUCAAAUGGAGCAGUCAAAACCCUUGAAACAGAAAAGCUGGGAAUCAGGUGAGCUCACCUUAGCUUUGAGGGGUUUGCUCUGUAUGUACAUUCCACGUGGAUCCUGGUGUUUGUUCAGCCCAAACACUCCUGUCCUACAUGCAUAUCAAUGUAUCUAGAGUUAAAUACAUGCUUAUAUAUAUAUAUGUGAUUAUUUGUAUAUAUAAUAUAAAAACACAGCUACUUUGUCGUUGUCAAAUACUGAGUAAAUCUAACAAAAACGUUUAUAGGCACACAGUUUUGUUUGUUCCUUUAAAUAUUUUACAAUAAUGGCCAUCCUUGGGAAAUUAUUUUUCUGUACAUAUGUGGAUAUAUUUAGGACCUAAUUUAAAUGAAUAAAGAACAUGUUAAACUAGCCUAGUUGCUUGAUCUAGUUGUCAGAAAAAGGUUCUGCUGCAACUGCAGGUGAAUUCCUCGUGCUUCUUGUAGCACUGCAAAGUGUUGCUAACCCUGGAUUUAGGAUUUGUGUCUGGGAUCUCAGCCUGUUGUGCAAGUGAAGGGAGUUGUUGCUUCCUCUGAGCCCUUCUGUCAGGCUCUCAGGCAGCAGCUCCUGCCUUCCACAGUGAGCACAGAUGACAGGAGAAGAGGGGAAAAAAAGGAAGAAAUAGAGGCAGAGUGAAAACGUAAGAGCUUGGUAAGCAGCAGGCUCAUUUCCCCUCAAAAAAAAAAAAAUAAAAAUGGGGUGGUUUGUCUAGCAGGUGAUGGCCUGGCAGUGAAAUCCCUCCCAGGUAGUAGCUGCUCCACAGGGCAGGGCCUCGAGGUGAAACCCACACUCACCAGGAGGAAGGGAGAAAGUUGGGUGCAGGACCACAGAGCCCUCCUGGUGCUGGUCUGGGCACCUGGGCAACUCGUGCUCUUGGCCCUCUCUUCCUCUUGCCUUGCCUCAUCAGGGGUAAAAUGCAGAGCCUCCCCCAUGGGGAAGGUUUUCCUGAUGGGCUUUGGCUGAAUGAUCAGUAGCAGCCUUGCCAAUGUUCUCCUGCUGUGGCUGAUCACAAAAUAUCUUACGAGAACGUUACCCAAUGCCUUUGCUUCAGCCUGCGAGGAAGGAAUGGAAAUGGAGAGCACGAUGCUCUUGGCACUCACCAAGUGUCUGCGCUGGGUUGAAGCUCUUCCUCCUGUCCAGGCUAUAAAUUGUAAAGGGUUAGCGCUUUUCAGCAGGCUAAUUCACUGUUAACAGCUUUUGCAGAACACCCUAUUUCAGUCCUCAACUUGCCAGAACAGAGUUUAGAUUCUACCAACCUUUGCAGGCUUUGUCAUGGGUACUUUUUACUUAGUGUUGGUAAAUUGUUGAAAACCGUAGUAUUUUUUCAAUGUUAUUACUUAGAAUUGGGGAAUAUCCUCCCUGAUGAUGGUGGUGUUACUUUCUAGUGCACUUUUUGUUGCCAAACAAAUGGUAUCAGUUAAUUUCUUUUUCUUAAAAAAGGAAGUGUUUUACUGUAUGUUGUAUUCAUAAGAUCCUAAAGAUUGCAAAGGCGUAAUAAAAUAACUGUUACGUGUAUGUCUUAAGAUCUGGCCAGAUAGGAGGAAAAAGUUACUUUUCCUUUUUUCAGAGAAAAUACAAUGCACUUGUUUUGUUCAUUUACGCCAUAGGCAACUAUUCUACAGUUACACAUCCAUACUGUGAAUUUUUUGUUUGUUUGUUUAAAGCAUUUGUAGUAGGUAUAAUGAAUAAUUACAAAUCAUAUACCACUGUUUCUCAUUGGACAAUCUCAACUGUACUUUGGUUGCUCUAAAUGUGUUGUUUCCUCUGCCAUACUUGGUUAAACGAUUCUAUUUACAGGCGGUAUCAAAACUAAGCCAGUCUUUCAGCUGCAUUCACCUGUUUGAGGAAUUCUGCCACAUCCCAGACUGCAUUCACCGACAUUGAAACUGCAGAUCGGAUUUUAGUCUGUGCAAUUCGUUUGACACAGAUGAGACUGUAGUUGUGCAAGUGAAAUUAUGCAAGAAUAAACCCUGUUUUUUUUUCCAAGUUUAA